GUCGUAAUGGUCCAAUCGGGUGUCGCGGCAACAGACACGUUGAAAACGCUGACAAACAGACAUGGCAGCCUCCAGUGAAUAAACAACCCGUCUUUGUCAUUCUAUUUUUUAACAGAAGCUGACAAUGGUUGUCGAUACAAAUCCCUGCGAUCUUGGAGAUAUUCUACGUGUCAGAGGUUCCCUGGAGCUCAAGUGUCUUCUGGACAGCAGAGAUGUGGCGCUCAGACAAAAAACGAUCUCCAAAACAUUUGAAACCCUGCGCUCACAUGUCAACUCGGAAUCCUGUGUUCUGAGGGUCCGCGACAGCCCGAUUAUCAUUUGGCCAAACCAAAAUGGUCAUGUGACACCAAAAGAGUUAUCUCCGAGUACACUUUGUGACGCUCUACAUCAGUGGAUACAGACAGAUGAACAGGACAUUUCUGGAAAGAAAUCAAAGAAGAAGAGCAAAAAGAGCUCAACGGCUAGAGUCAUCAACCUUAACCUGAUGAUGGACGUGACAAAACCAGGUCCCCUCCCUGCCCCAGUCCUCUGUAGAACCAUCCAAGAAUCCCACUUCCUGUCUGCAACUCUUCCUGUGGACUGUGUCAUCAGCAUCAGCUCCACUGACACCAUUAAAGAUGCCAGUGAGCGCUUGUUGGAGUCGCUAAGAAAUCAGCUGUGUGAGAUGGAGAUUGAGAUGCUGCGCCACAUGAAAGGAACAACACUGACUGUCCCAGUGCCGUUCCACUUCCUGCUUCCUGAAACCAAAGAUCUGGUCACAGUGUUUUAUCCGUCUGGGGUUCCUGACAGCCAGCUUGAGACCCAACGUAAGGAACUUCAUCACCGCUUCAAGCUACCGGAAGACCAGCCCUAUUUUAGAAGAGCCAAUGCUUAUCACUUUCCUGAUGAAUCCUACAAAGACGGUUACCUCCGAAACCCUCACCUGGCUCUCACACAUCCAAACCUGGACGAUGGAAAGGUGUACCUUGUCCAAGGAGUUUACAGUUACCACCACUACAUGCAGGACCGCAUGGACGACAAUGGCUGGGGAUGCGCUUAUCGCUCCCUCCAGACCAUCUGUUCCUGGUUCCAGCAGCAAGGCUACGUGGAGCGGCGUGUGCCCACUCAUAAGGAGAUUCAGCAGGCUUUAGUGGAUGUCGGAGACAAACAAGCCUCCUUUGUGGGGUCUCGCCAGUGGAUUGGAUCCUUUGAGGUUCAUGCUGUUUUGAACCAAUUACUUGGGGUAACGUCGAAGAUUAUGUUUGUGAGUCAAGGGUCUGAGAUGGCAUCCAAAGGCAGAGAACUGGCCAACCACUUCCUCUCUGAGGGUACCCCUGUGAUGAUUGGAGGAGGUGUCCUAGCCCACACAAUUCUGGGUGUUGCUUGGAGCGAGACCACCGGAAUGAUUCGCUUUCUAAUCCUGGACCCUCAUUACACAGGAGCAGAAGACUUACAGGUCAUCACAGAUAAGGGCUGGUGUGGCUGGAAAGGACCAGAGUUUUGGGAUGCGACUGCAUAUUAUAACAUGUGUCUUCCUCAGAGGCCAAAGGUUAUAUGAGUGCUUAUUAUUCAAACAUGCUUAACAAGGUUACGUUAAACUUAUCUUAUAUUUACACCUGCACAAUUCAUCACCAAAAAGGAGGCAGAAACAGAUUUUAUAUAAUCUUACCAUUUCACUAAUUACUGAUGGUUGCUUAAUGUUUUAAUGUGCCAGGCUUAAAUGUAAUAUGAAUGAACUAUUGAUAUAAUUUCUACAUUGGAACAUCUCUGUGACGGCUGCAUGUUCUCCCUCUCCUUGUGGGUUAAAUAAUUUAUAUAUUGAAGAUAGCAUUAUCAAUAAAACCUGGAUAUUUUCCAAAAGUUAAUGUGUUUAGCCUAUUUUAUUGAAAACUACAAAUAGUCAUGCCUAUGAUGUCAUAUAUCCAGUACAACAUAAACGGCCUUCAGUUUUUAUUUUGAUUCUCAUUACUUAUUUGACAUCAUAUUGCCAUAUUGGAAAAUUGGCAUUAUUAUCCUUCUGAAUGCACAAAACGUGGGACUCAGAUGAUGCAAGUUUAUUCAAUACAGUAGUCGUCAUUGUAUGUGCUGUACGUAGUGAAUACUGUUACGACAGUGCCUGGUGACAUGGGGUGGACAAAUGGUGUAAUUGCAUUUAGACGUCGUCUACGUCACCCUGUGACAUACACAUUUAAAUCCGGUGACAUCAACACGUAA